AUGGAGCCGGCAGCUGAUCAAUCGCUCAACGAUUCUUCCUGUUUUCCCCCUGGGCCACCCUGUAAGGCGGCUAAAUUAGACGAUGCAUAUGCCUUUUGCGAAUCUUUGGCAAGCCACUUUUUGCGUUCUUCCGACUUCAGUGCAACUAACAUAGCGUCCAUUUUGGACGCAUUUCCUUCUGAGGACCACACUCGGGCUUGGCUGGAAGCCGACGGUGACUCAAAAGCCAUUACGGUAGGUGCGUGCAACCGAGGCGGGGUCACAGCAGUUCGCAGCAACACGCGCCGCAUGCCGGCGGUGGCAAAGUAUCUUGCAGCAAGUGUCAAGUUGGUUGCACCGCAAUGCGAGUUCACCUCCGUAUCCGUGCACCGGAACUUGCAAGCCCCAAUGCAUCAGGACUCCUUCAACAGCAGCGUGCCUAACGUCGUUGUACCACUGUCCUCCUUCUCUGGAGGACACAUCUUCGUCGUGCAUCCUGAGGGCCCAGACCAAACAACCUACGAGGAUGUGCCGUGGACAGGCUUCAAACUCGAUUGCGCUUCUCAUGCUUGGGCUUUUGAUGCUAAGCACUGCAAACACUUUACUUUGCCGUGGAAAGGCUCCAGAUCCCUUCUGGUUGCCUUUACCGUGGGUCACCUCUCGGGUUUAGCUCCCGGUGACAGGGAUUUCUUGACCUCCCUAGGGGUUAAGGUUCCCCGCCAGGAUGUCCAACAAGGCCCCACCAUGAAGCCGUACCCGUUGCAAGGCUACGAUGUGCGGUGUCCACAAGUGUCCACCGAUUCGGCGCCACUGGCUCAGCCGAGUCCGGCCUUCCCUUCUGCUGAAUUGCCCGCCGACGGGCCUUUGGUGAUCGAGCUCUGCGCCGGGUCCGCCAUCCUCAGUCAGACGGCCGCAAGCCGCGGCUUUGCAAUCAUGCCCGUGGUUCAUGCGCAUAAUCGCCACGCUCCCAAGUGUAAGAUCGUGAAUCUCGACUUGACAAAAAGCCACUCCUGGGAGGUCCUCAAAUUUGUCAUCAAAUCCAGGCGGGUGGUGAUGGUGUUUGCGGCUCUGCCUUGCGGCGCCUGCAGUGCUGCUCGCAACUACCGCCCGGGACCCCCAGUGCUCCGCACCACUUCACAUCCGUGGGGUGUCCCGUGGGCCUCCACCAGAGAUUGUGUCAAGCUUAAAGCUGCCAAUGCCAUAUACAAGCACCUUUGUGCUUUUCUUGAAAUGUGCGAUCAGCACUCCGUGCCUUGGUGCGUGGAGAACCCUACCAACAGCAUGUUCUGGGAACUGCCAUGUCUUGCGUACCCUUUGGCUCAUGGUUUCUUCGCACAUUGUCAGGCAUGCGCUUUCGGCAGCGAACGCGACAAGAAAACCUCCUUCUUGUGCAGCAGCUCGUGUAUCUCUCGCAUGGCUCUCUUGUGCCCAAGCUGCAAACAACAUGCAUCGUGGGGCCAGACCUCUUCUGUCACCUUCGCCACGGCGGAGGAAGCAGCCUACCCACCGGCCAUGUGUCAGGCCUUGUGUGACGUCUUUGAGUCUGAGGCUGCGCGCCUCAACUACGCGUUGGGCUCGGCUCAUCCAGUCCUGGCCCGAGCCCACAAGCAGCCUCGCGGGCGCCUGCACCCGCAGCUCCUGUCGGAGCAUAGUGCAAUUCUUUCCCGCCUCCUGCCCCGGACUCCUUCGUUGGCGGAGCUGGCGCCAGUCGAGCAUGCCCACCGUGCCAAGAUGCAGCCUUCCGUGAGGGAAAUCCUCGCCAACAAGCGUACGGCUCUCCUGGAGGAGAUGGCUGCCGAAAUAGAUUGGCCGGACAAGGGUCUCUUUUCAGAAAUGCGCCAGGGCUUCCGACUCGUUGGCUGCCUGAGCCCUUCUGGUGUGUUCAGGGAAGGAGGGUACCUCGCCUCCAUCAGCGAAUCGGAGCUGAUCGAAAAUGCUGAUAGCAUCAAAGCUUCUCUCUUGUCACGUGUGUCAUCUGAUCCUCUUGACGAGAACGCUGACGAGCUGUACGAUGUGACUCUUCAAGAGUCAACCCAGAAAAAGUGGCUAGACGGGCCUAUGUCUCCCGAAGACAUUGGAAAGCGAUUUGGGGCAUGGAUCCCAGUGCGCCGCUUCUGUGUUGUGCAAAAAGGACGCUUGAGACCGAUCGACGACUUCAAGGAGAAUCUUGUAAACCAAGCCUGCUCUACAAGCGAGCGGAUCGUGCUUCAGGCGAUGGACCAUCUUUUAUGGUCUCUUUCUGUGUUGUGCCAUUUCUACCGGAAGCGAAGAGCCGUCGAUUUCACUUUGUCUUCUGGAGAGAGGUUGACGGGACACGUCCACCCUGACUGGCAGAAAUCGGGGGCGAGCAUGCAAGUCGCCACCUUGGACUUGAAAUCGGCAUACAAACAGCUACCUUUAAAUCCAUGUGACUUCGACAAAAGCGUGGUGACCUUGAAGGAUCCGAAGACAGGAUCCAUCUCGUGCUUUGUCAUGCGCACACUCCCCUUCGGAGCGCUUGCAUCAGUAUACCACUUUCUGCGCGUCAGCUUGCUGUUGCAUGCCCUCGGGUGCCACCUAGGAGCAUGCUGGUCCGCAUACUUCGACGAUUUCCCCAUGGCAACGCAUUCGCUUGUGGCCACGUCAACUUCGGCUCUAGUUAAGGGGUUCCUUAAGUUAGCGGGGUUCGACUUUGCAGAAGAGAAGUGCACGCCUUUUUCUUCUGAUGCCGAAGUCUUGGGAGUUACUCUGGAUGUAUCCCAGAGCACGGAGGGCCUCAUCAACAUCCGAAACAAGCCUUCCCGGUGCGAGGAGCUGAAUGCUGUGAUUGAGGAGGUUCUCAGGGAUAAGUCCAUAGUCCCCUGCCGGUUGCCGUCCUUCAUAGGCAAACGUGAUCUAAGGACUUUAGGGUUCACUUCCAGGAUGCCGGUCUCCCUCGAUGCCAGCGGGAUCGAUGCGCUCAAAAUCCUUCAGCAGAGGUUGAUGCAUGGAAAGCCUCGCGUCAUCCGUGCCGGAUGGAAAGAGAAGCCGAUACUGCUCUUCACUGACGGAGCCCUGGAGGACGACAACCAGGAUCACGGACCGGCCACGGUGGGUGCGGUCAUGUUUAAACCGGAUGAGCCCAAUGUUUACGCUUUCGGGUGCGAGUUGCCAGCAACCAUGGCGCUGUUUGAGCAAUCGGAGCUCGCGGCCUUCCUGCAGGCGCAGGGGGUGCACGAAGUAGUCUGCAACGGCCUCGCCCUCAAGGGGCUCGAGACAAUUGAGGACCUGGCAUUUGCCUACCCAGACCUUAAUAGCUUUGACACUUUUUUGCAGAGCCUUUCUGAGUCGGACCUCAGCGAUAUGGGGGUCUCGGAUGCACUACACUCUGUCCAGGCAGCACGAGCCAGGAAAGCCUUGCGCUCAGCGCACAAAGCACAGGAGGGUGGCAAGGGCAAGGGCCGCGGCAAAGGCCUUCAGAAGCCAGAUAGCCCAUCCAAGUCUGACUCGUGGCCUUCUAACUGGGUGUUGAAGGCCAAGGGCAAAGUGCUCUGCAAGCGUUACCAGAGGAAUCUCUGCCUCCUGCACCCUUGGUUCCCCUCCCAAGCCCACCGCCUCAGCUUGCUGCCUGCCGGUGUCAGUUCGGCGAUACAGCAGGCUCCGCAAGAUGCUUUGCCCUCGGCCACUCAAGCCUUUGCUCGGCAGCGGGCUCGUUUUGCUGCGCUGAUUCGGUCGGAUGAUUCUGUGCGCUUUGAGGCUUUACGUAAGAUUAAGACCCUGGCUUUACUUGAUCCUGCUGCAUCGGAGCUGGGGCGGCUUCUCAUCGGCGAGGCCGCUAUCUUGUCUGACCCUGAGAGACUUCAGAAGUCCUUUGCUGACACGUUCGCUACAAAGAGCACUGCAACAUUGGCCAAACGAGCUUCCUCUUUCUGGAAGUUUGCCGAGUUUUGCUUGAUGUUCGAUUUUGGCUCGCCCUUUCGAGCGAGCGAGGCGGCUGUCUAUGCAUAUAUCCAGGACUUGCAGGCCCACGGAGCUCCUACAUCGGCCAAGGCCUUUCUUGAAAGCUGGAAUUUUCUGUCAGCGCUGCUGGGUUUCGCAAAACUUGCAGGCCAAUCUCCUUUGUCAGGCCGUGUGCGAGGAGCUGCUGCAGCGUUGGCGGCCACUAAGAAGCCGCUGGUCCAGGCCUCACCAUUGUCAGUUCCAAUGAUUCGGGCUCUGGAAAGGAUUGUGGUGAAGCCUCCGUAUCCUCAUUGGCGUGUGAUUGCUGGGCACAUUCUUUUCUGUGUGGGAAGCUGUUCUCGCUUUUCGGAUACAAUCCACCUCAAAUCUUUGGAGCUUCAGAGUGCGGGAACCGUGCAUCUUUUGGAAGCAUCGUCUGCAUCUUACAAGACUGGUACUGGCGAACGGAAGACCAUACUUCUGCCGCUGCUCUGCCUGGGAUCUUUCGUGUACCCCACGAUUUGGGCGCCGCUGUGGAUGGAAGCCCGAGCUGAUGCUGGCCUCGGCCUCAAUCCGUCACUGCCUGCAUUCAGCGAAGCCUCGCAGUCUUGGUUGGAGCGUCGCAUGUCUACUGGUGAGCUUACCAUGUACCUGCGUGAGUUCCUCGUAGCCAGUCAUAUCGACAUUCCUUCGGAGUCCCGCAUCAGCAGUCACAGCAUGAAGGCCACUUUUCUUAGCUGGCUAGCCAAAUUCGGAGGCGUUUCUUUGGAGGACCGCCGCAUUGCAGGGCACCACUUGGACCCUGAUUCCCGGUCCCCUCUGACCUACAGCCGUGACGAGCUGUGCCGCUUGAUGAAGAUUUUCGAGGAUAUCCUGAAAGCCAUCCGUUCCGGCCACUUUAAGCCUGAUGACAGUCGCGUGAUGCGUUUAGCUGUCAUGGUUCAGGCUGAGUCAGGCCCUCAGCUGCAGGAGAAACUCCUCGAGCAGGACCCAUAUGUCUCCGAUUCCGAAGCUGGUGAUUCCGACAUCAGCCCAGAGGAUCUGGAGGCCCGAGCCGGUGGAGUCCCCCUGGACGAAGGCUUGAACGCGGCCUUUAAGGCCAGGGCAAUCGAGCUCAAUUUCCCCGAGGAGACCCUGACCAAACUCGCAGCCAUCAAUGUGGACACGUUCGGAGCCCUAGCCUUUAUCGGGCCCCUUCAAGCUGGCACGACCGAUGAGGGUCCACUCAUCAGCAUGCUGAAACGUGCUUUGGGUUCAGCGCCUGACGACGGGCUUAUGAGCAUCGCCCGCCGCCUGUGGUUCGAAAGCACCACUCAGGCUCUUGCUGAAAUGCGUGGCAAGGUCGAGCGCACCGAUGCUUCUGAACCUGUUCGGAUGCCUUUGGCCGAGCGCACACAACGCCUUGCUGCCCUUCAGAAGAGACUUGUGGGUAUUCACUGGACCUUCGACAUUGAGCCUUCCCAUAAGCUACAAGACUUGGUUGCUCAGAUGGUGUCUGAUCAGUCCUUGCUUUGGAUUCCGUGGGAUCGCCUCACAAGCCGAGCUUUGGAAAUUACGUCUGACAAGACCGAUCAGGCGGUCAGCUUCGACAGUGCCGGGAACCUCAAGCUCGUGAAACGGUCGGCCGAGCCUUCUUGCAGUACCAUCGGCGAAUACGCCGUUAAGCUGGCACUUCAGAGGAGGAGUUUGGCCUUCGAGCUGGCCAGAGUCUGCCGUUACGAGUACCUCGAGUCCUGGCACGACCAGAUGCUGCAAGUGCAUAUGCGCUCCCAGCCUUCAGGCCAUCAACGAGUUUCAAUUGCUCAACUUCGUGAAGCCGACAAGUUUCUGUGGACAAGGAUCGCCGAGGAUACGCGUGGCUCACUGUCCAUGCGCUCAGACGGCUCGUACCCCUUUGAGGCCUCGCUUGCAAAGUGGAAGGAUCACACGCAAGUUCAGUGCUACCUACUUCCGCUGAUGCGCUCACCGCCUCCACCGCCGAAUCCACACACGCCCAACAUCCCACCCAACAAGGACGGGAAAGGGGGCGGCAAGGACAAAAAUCAGAAAGCUCUGAAGAUUCGCAAGGACACUCCCGGAGCGGAGAAACCCAGCGACUCCGGAGCCAAGAAGUGGAGCGUACCGCAGGGUGCUUGGAACCGCAUCCGGCUUCCGAGUGCCCGGAGUUUCAGUGACCAGCGCCUUGCGGCCGAGGAGUUGGCCGACCAGCUCCUUGCUCGGCCCACUGAACCGGUUCCGGAGGGCGCUCUGUUAGUUUGGGGGCUUUUGCUUUUUCAGGAUUUCACUUGCACAACCAUUGCCGUUUUCACAAACCUUCAAACACAGCUGCACCAAGAUACUGCCAACGAUUCGCGGAGCUGCAACCUUCUUUAUCCGCUCUCCAAAUUUUCUGAAGGAGACGUCUGGAUCGAGUCCGAUCAGGGAAAGGUUCCUUUCGAACACCGGGGCGAGGUUCUCUGGGGAGACUCCCUGCCGGUGUCCCAGGGGCUUUGCUAUCUUGAUGCGCCGAACUGCCGACAUGCCACUUUGGCUUGGAAGGGCGAGCGCAGUAUUCUAGUGGGAUACACAGCCCAAGGAGCCGAUUGCAUGCCUCAGGAGACGCGCGCAUUCCUUGAGAACUUGGAGUUUCCCCUGCCCCCCGAGGGCCCCAGGCCCAUCCCUAAGACUAGCCCCGAGCCCGUUAAGCCCUCCCUUGCUGUCGCUCACUCCUGUAAGCCUCUCUUCGUCGAGAUCUUCGCAGGCUGCGCGCGGCUUUCAAAGCAUUGCGAGGCUUUGGGGUUUGAAGUUUUAGCGGUUGACUCCCCUUGGAACCGUCAUGCACCUGAACACCCUCUUCUUGUGCUGGACCUUACGGAAACCAUGUGCCAAAAGCAGCUCCUGGACAGGCUGCUGCUGCACCCCCCAUUCGCCAUUCACAUUGCCUUGCCCUGUGGUACGGGUAGCCGAGCCCGAGAACGGCCCAUAAGCAAGAAGGCGAAAAUGGCAGGUGCCCCGGAGCCUGCCCCACUGAGGGACAACGAUCACAUUUUGGGCUUACCGAACCUGUCGGACACCGACAAGGCCCGGGUUCGCAAGGCCAAUGAUUUGUGUCGCUUCGUUGUCGAGUUGAUUCGUGCCUUACCUUCUUCCACCUUUGUGAGCAUCGAGAAUCCCAAUAAUUCCUGGAUUUGGGGAGUGCUAGCUUUCUUCGUGCAAGAAUCUCGAGACCCUGCCCUACUCGAGAAAUGGCGUCGCAUGGUCGAUGUGCGCUUUCAUAAUUGCAUGAAGGGAGGUCGACGACCAAAGCACAGUCGCUUUCGUUGCAGUGAUUCUCGCUUGUCUAGCAUGGCCGUGGAGUGCGACAAUCAACAUAGGCACGAUCCCUACCUGGUCUAUCAGACCGGCCGACAGUGGAGGUUCAGUACCGCUGAAGAGGCGGAAUAUCCGCCUCAACUUUGCCAGGAGGUGUCGCAACUGCUGGCCGCGACAGCGGGUUUGCCAUCCUGCUUAGAACCGCCAGCAGGUCCACGCGCCGUCUGGCCCCAACCCCGUGGGAGCCACAAGGCUCCCCUAGAUAGGCCCUUUAAGGAGUUUACCUCGGGUUUAGGGGGUGGUUCCGGGAGGUUCGGGGUGUACAGAACGCCUACCGAGUUCAUCGAUUGUGCCCUAAAGCUCAGCCAUCCCUUUGACACACAGCACUGCGUCCCAGAUGCCGUCAAAAGGAACAUCUUCCGACGGCUGACCGAAGGACCAUCUGCUUUUGCUGAAGAGAGGCUCAGACUUUACAACAGGCUCAACCAGAUGGAGAAAGAACUUCGCUACGAGGAGGCGCGACUGCAUUCAACCCUGCCUGACCACACUCGCGAAGUCAUCAAGGGAAAGAACCUUCUGCUAUGGGCACAAUUGCUGAAGGAGACCAAAUUUCCUGAUGAAGGAGUCUUCGACUUGAUGAUGGGCGUCGAUUUGGUGGGCAAGCCAGACAAAUCACCCUUGUUUGAAACCAAGGAAUCGCCGGCUACAUCCACACCUGAGCUUCUCCUUGAAUCAGCUCGCUGGCGCAGAGAGAGGCUCAAGGGCCGUGAUCCGCACGAGAAAGAUCCGGAGGCGACCUGGCAACUCUGGGAUUGCACUCUAAAGGACCGGGACGACGGCUUUCUCACAGGGCCGUUCUACGAUGAGGACGAAGUGAAAAAGCACCUUGGAGUGGAGGAGUUCGUCUGUUCGAGAAGGUUCGUCAUCGAGCAGGGCACGCCGGAGAGGCCCAAACUUCGACCGAUCGACAACUACAAGGAGGGCGGGGUCAACGAAGCUUACCAUAGCCUCGAAAAGCUCGCCUUGUUCGAUGUCAACUGGAUGACGGCGAUGGCAACUUACAUCGCGCGGGUCUCGGAUGGAACCGGUGCUUUGGAAAUUGUUCUCAGCACGGGAGAAAUUCUACGCGGAGAGCUGCACUCUUCUUGGAAAGCUAAGAAGCCCGUCUGGCAGGGGCGAACGCUGGAUUUGGAAAAGGCGUAUCGUCAAGUUCCACUUUCAACGGAGUCGCUGCGACUGGGGGUCGUCAUGGUCACGGACCCUAACAGCAGCAAGCCUUGCUACUUCGUGGCCCAGAGUCUACCCUUCGGUGCAUCAUCGUCUGUGUUUGCUUUCAACAGGCUGUCAAGAUCGAUCUUGCAUCUGAGCUGGAACUUGAUUGGCAUGAUCUCAGGAUGCUUCUACGACGACUUCCCGCUUCUUGAAAUCCAAUCUUCCGCGAAGCUUGUUUCUGAAUCGUUCGAACACCUGCUGAGGAAGAUCGGGUGGAGGUAUUCCAACGACCCAGCCAAAACCUCGCCUUUCAAUGAGAGCUUCGACCUACUUGGAAUCCGUCUUAAUGCAGGCGACAUCUCCAAUGGCGUCGUGGUGCUCCAAAACAAGGCAUCAAGGCUGGAGAAGAUGAAAGAUACUUUCAUCCGCAUGGCGUUGAAUGGUGAAUGGGAUCUGCGGCAGAUUCAGUCGCUGCAAGGGCAAGUGAACUUCGCUUUGGGCUUUGCUUCAGGAAGGGCAAUGAAGAUGCUGCAGCGUGCACUUGGAAGCUUCAUCAGGAAUCCUGAAGAUCGCAGUGCGAGUGACUUUCGGACACUUUGCGAGUUCGGGAUCCGCUUGAUUGACGAGUGCAAACCAAGAGUCUUCGCCUGCCGGGGACCGGAACAACCGGUGUUGAUCUUCACUGAUGCAGCUUACGAAAAAGGUGUCGCCACAUUCGGCGUGGUGGUCCUGGAUCCCUUCACUUCUUCUAAGCUGGUAGCCGGAGGUCGCAUACCGAAGACUCUGGUGGAAUUCUGGAAGCUUGACAGCCCCGAACAGGUGAUUGCUCAGGCUGAAGCUUUCGCCGUGGUCCUCGCAAGAGAAACUUUCAGAAACUUCAUACAUGGCAGGCGAACCAUUUACUUCAUCGACAACGAGGGAGCGAGAGAAGUCUUGAUCAAAGAGGCGAGCAAGUCACGUACGCUUCUGCUUUUGGGAGCACGCUUCUUCGAGAUGGAAAACUUGGAUCAAAGCUUGACGUGGCUAGAGAGGGUUCCAUCUGCUAGCAAUGUAGCAGAUGGGCCGAGUCGUGGAGAGAUUGCAGAGACGGCGAAAAUCAUUGGUGGCACGAUCGUUGAUCUGCAGGAGAAGGCAGAAGAACUUGGUGAUGAAUCUGCCCCGUUCGACAGUCGGGCAGUGGCCUUUCAUGCCGACAGGGCUCUUGCCCCCAGCGCCGGGUCCAGGGCCGAUGGCCGCUUCUUCCAGCUCCGGUCUAAGGCCCUGGAUGCUAAUAGGAAGUGUGCCUUGGAGACGUGGGUUACGCUUGUUUCCUUGGAUUUUAACGCCUGGGGUGUAGCCAAGCAAGCCAUGGGGCCUUUCGAUCCCAAAUUUGCCACAGGAGGCUUGGUGGAAAGUGUGCAGGACUGUCUUGCAGACAAAGCCACAGCUACCUUGCACCAACGCGUGGGACCCAUCUUCAGAUACGUGCACUUCUGGAAGCUUCAGUUCGUAGUGUGCCUGCCUGUGAGAGAGCACCAGCUCUACGAUUACUUCAAGGCAAAUCCGAAUGCGGCCCCGACUUCGUUCAGGUCGCUGCUUAUCGCUUUCAGCUUCGCCAAACAUCUGCUAGGCUUGAUCGUGCUGGACGAAGCCCUGAGCAGCGGGCCUGCUCUAACCGUGGAGCAAGUCAAGCGACUCGAAGCUCUCGUGCUCAGCCUCAUGGCGCGGCCAAUGGACCGUUUUGCGAUUGAUUCAGCUUUGAUUGAUGGCGUGGAAUCAGGGAAGAUCCGCUCUCUUCCCAUCGCUGUUCCGUUGAAAUGUGUAGGAGGCGGGUGGACAAGACUUCCGCUUAAGGUCUCAAGUGGAGGCGCCUGGCUGAGAAGUUUGAUUCCUGGCGCGAGUGCAGCAUCUGGCGACGUCCAGAUCGCGACCCACUCUUGUAAGAGUACACCGCUCUCCUGGAUGGCGAAAAGAGGCGUGCCGGCCGGCCCUCGUCGCACUCUGGGUUACCACGUGCCGCGUAAGGACAAGUCGUUAAUCAUUUAUGCCAGGGAUUCACUAGCGGCUCCAUUGCGUGAGCUGGACCAGGUAAUCGACGAGAUUGCCGCCGGUAGAUUCAAGCCGGAUCUCACUCGAAGUGGGAUGAUAGCCAAUCUUGCAGAUCCACAGCUUCCACCUGAGAAUGAGGAGGAGGCUGACGCCAUAUCAUCGAGCUCUAGCGAGGCGUCCGAUGAUGAGGAAGAGGCCCCCGUGAGUGACGAGGAGCAGGCCCUGGAGCAGAUCGCCGGUCAGUGGGGCCCAGAGCCCGGCGACGGGCCUUGGGCUCGUCACAAACAGACUAGGUUCUUGCACAAGGUGAGAGAUGAGGCGCGAGCCAAGGAUAUUGGAGUUUCUGAUGAGAGCUUCGCGAAGCUUGAGGCGGAGGGACUGACAACGAUGGCAACUUUCGCCUUCUGCUGUCAUUUCAACCCGUCGGCGACAGACGAGAAACCUCUCACCGACCUGGUGACCAAGGUUCUCGGUGCUGCGCCUUCCCUUAAGGAGAUGAGUUGCUUUCGGCGUCUGUUCGCCGAGGCAUACGCAACUGUUGCAUCCGACAUCCGAUCGCAGGUGGAAGCAACAGAAGACUCAUCGAUCAAGAAACUAGCUCCAGCAGACAGGGCCGAACGUUUGCGGGAGCAGCAAUCCAGACUUAAAGGUCUUGACUUGAGGGGCAAUAUGGAGCCAGGCGACUCCUUGAUUGAUCGGGCUGUGGCGAUCUACGAAUCUGACAGACUCCAGUAUGUGGAGUGGCAGCAUUCUGUUAGCAGACAGCAUGAGCUUCUUACAGGGCUCAAGAAGGAUGCUUCGCUUACCUUGGAUUCUGCAGGCGGCCUAAAGAUUGCCAGCAAGCCCAACGUGACUCCUUGUGAUGUGUCCACUGAUAUGAUGGUUCGCUACGCCUUAGUGCGAAGGGGCCUAGCCUUUGAACAGGCGAACAUCUUGGCGUACCAUUUGCACGAUGAGUUGCUUGAAAAGUACAUGUCUUUCAGGCUUAUGGACCCUCCUCCGAAUCAUGCGCGGGUGAGCUUGAAACAGAUUGAGCAAGCUGAUCGUCAAUUCACCAUGUUGCUCGCGGAACACACCCGCGGCGGCAUCAAGGUGAAGGCAGGAGGAUCACGGCCAUGUGACGGUGCUUUCCGCAAAGUGUUUGAGAGCACUGAUCAGACGAGCGCGCAUGACCCACCAUCGCCAGUGGCGCACGGUGGGCUAGAUGUCACACAGAGCUAUGGCUCAACUGUCGGUAUGGAACCAGCAGCUGAACAGUCGCUCAACGACUCUACUUGUUUUCCCCCGGAGCCGCCCCGUAAGGCGGCUAAAUUAGAUGAUGCAUUUGCGUUUUGCGAGUCUUUGGCAAGUCACUUUUUACAAUCUUCAGACUUCAGUGCAAACAACAUAGCGGCCAUCUUGGACGCUUUUCCUUCCGAGGACCAUACUCGGACCUGGCUGGAAUCCGAUGGCGACUCUAAGGCCAUCACUGUCGGUGCAUGCAACCGAGGAGGAGUCACCGCUAUUCGCAGCAACACGCGACGCAUGCCAGCAGUGGCAAAGUAUUUUGCCGCGUGUCUCAGACUCGUCGCACCCCAAUGCGAGUUCACGUCUGUGUCUGUGCAUCGGAACUUGCAAGCUCCAAUGCAUCAAGAUUCCUUCAAUAGCAGCGUGCCUAAUGUAGUUGUGCCAUUGUCCUUCUUCUCAGGUGGACACAUCUUCGUCGUGCAUCCUGAGGGUCCAGAUCAAACCUUCUACGAAGAUGCAUCAUGGACAGGCUUCAAACUUGAUUGCGCUACUCAUGCUUGGGCUUUUGAUGCUAAGCAUUGCAAACACUUCACCUUGCCGUGGCAGGGCUCCAGAUCUCUUCUGGUUGCGUUUACCGUGGGCCAUCUCUCCGGUUUAGCUUCCGAUGAUAGGGAAUUCUUGACCUCCCUAGGGUUUAAGAUCCCCAGCCGUGAUGUCCAGCAGGGCCCCACCAUGAAGCCGUACCCUUUGCAAGGCUACGAUUUGCGGUGUCCUCAGGUAUCCACUGAUUCGGCGCCGUUGACUCAACCGAGUCCGGCCUUCCCCUCCGCUGAAUUGCCUGCGGACGGGCCUCUAGUGAUCGAGCUGUGCGCCGGGUCCGCCAUCCUCAGUCAGACAGCCGCCAGCCGCGGCUUUGCAAUCAUGCCCGUGGAUCAUGCUCACAACCGCCACACACCUAAGUGCAAGAUGGUCAAUCUGGACUUGACCCAGAGCCAUUCCUGGGAGGUCCUCAAGUUUGUCAUCAAAUCCCGUCGUGUUGCCAUGGUGUUUGCGGCUCCGCCUUGCGGCACUUGCAGUGCUGCUCGUCACUUUCGCCCGGGCCCCCCAGUGCUCCGCACCACUUCACAUCCGUGGGGUGUCCCGUGGGCCUCCACCAGAGAUUGUGUCAAGCUCAAGGCUGCCAAUGCCAUAUACAAGCAACUAUGCGCUUUUCUUGAAUUGUGCGAUCAGCACUCUGUGCCUUGGUGCGUCGAAAAUCCCACUAACAGCACCUUCUGGGAGUUGCCAUGUCUUGCGUACCCUUUGGCUCAUGGUUUCUUCGCGCAUUGCCAGGCUUGCGCUUUCGGCAGCGAACGAGAUAAGAAAACAUCUUUCUUGUGCAGCAGCUCGGGCAUCUCUCGCAUGGCUCUGAUGUGCCCAGGCUGUAAACAACAUGCAACGUGGGGCCUUACUUCUGAUGACACCUUCGCCACAGCGGAGGAAGCAGCCUAUCCUCCGGCCAUGUGCCAGGCCUUGUGUGAUGUCUUUGAGUCGGAGGCUGCCAGGCUCAACUACGUGUUGGGCUCGGCUCAGCCACUUUUGGCCCGAGCCCAUAAGCAACCGCGAGGACGCCUACACCCACAGCUCUUGUCAGAGCACGCUGCAGUUCUAUCCCGCCUCCUGCCCCGGGCCCCGCCUCUUAAUCACAAGCGAUGUCUUACGCAGGAUGUGCACGGUGUCCCCGCAGGGAGAAAGCUCUUGCGUUCCGAAAAUAGGCGGAAUAAGGGUCUCUUCUGUGUUUUCGGGGUCUUUAGGAGCCCAGAGUCUUUCGUCAGAGAGGCCAAGCUGCUAUAUCAUCCUUUUGACUCUCUUGCGCAGUUGCCGGACUACUUGAUCAAAUCCCUGUUUGAGCAGCUGACAAAAUCCCCUGCAGAGAUCUGCAAGUUGAGACUUCUUCGUCUGCAAAAGUGGAGGGCCAGAGCGACUGAGCUGGCGCCAGUCGAGCACGCUCACCGUGCCAAGAUGCAACCGUCCGUGAAGGAGAUCCUCGCCAACAAGCGGACGGCGCUACUGGAGGAGAUGGCGGCCGAAAUAGACUGGCCCGACAAGGGUCUCUUCUCUGAGAUGCGCCAAGGCUUUCGCUUGGUUGGGUGCCUGAGCCCUUCUGGUGUGUUCAGGGAAGGAGGGUACCUCGCCUCCAUCAGCGAAUCCGAGUUGAUGGAAAAUGCAGACAGCAUCAGAGCUUCUCUCCUGGCACGUGUGUCAUCCGAUCCUCUUGACGAGAACGCCGAGGAGCUGUACGAUGUAACUCUUCAGGAGGCUACCCAGAAAAAGUGGUUGGACGGGCCGAUGACCCCAGGAGACAUUGGAAAGAGAUUCGAGGCGUGGAUCCCGGUGCGCCGCUUCUGUGUUGUGCAAAAAGGACGCUUGAGACCGAUUGACGACUUCAAGGAGAAUCUUGUAAACCAAGCCUGCUCUACGAGCGAGCGAAUCGUGCUUCAGGCGAUGGACCAUCUUUUAUGGUCUCUUUCCGUGUUGUGCCACUUCUACCGGAAGCGAGGAGCAGUCGACUUUACCUUAUCCUCCGGAGAGAGACUGACAGGUCUCGUCCAUCCUGAUUGGCAGAAGCCGGGGGCGAGCAUGCAAGUCGCCACCUUGGACUUGAAAUCAGCAUACAAACAACUACCGUUGAACCCUUGCGACUUCGACAAAAGUGUGGUGACCUUGAAGGAUCCCAAGACAGGAUCCAUCUCGUGCUUUGUCAUGCGCACGCUUCCAUUCGGAGCGUUGGCCUCGGUGUACCACUUUCUGCGGGUCAGUUUGCUGUUGCAUGCCCUAGGGUGCCACUUGGGAGCGUGCUGGUCAGCAUACUUCGACGACUUCCCUAUGGCGACUCACUCGCUGGUGGCCACGUCAACUUCGGCUUUAGUUAAGGGUUUCCUUAAGCUAGCGGGGUUUGACUUUGCAGAGGAGAAAUGCACCCCCUUCUCUUCGGAUGUCGAAGUCUUGGGAGUUACUCUGGAUGUGUCCCAGAGCUCGGAGGGCCUAAUCAACAUCAGGAACAAGCCGUCGCGGUGUGAGGAGCUUAAUGCAGUGAUCGAGGAAGUGCUCAGGGACAAGGCCUUAGUCCCUUGCCGACUGCCGUCCUUCAUUGGCAAGCUCCAGUUCGCCGACGGCCAAAUAUGGGGCCGAGCAGGGCGCAUGGCCAUGCACGACCUUAGGUCUUUAGGGUUUACUUCCAGGAUUCCGGUCUCCCUUGAUGCCAGCGGGAUCGAAGCGCUUAAGAUUCUUCAGCAAAGAUUGACGCAUGGAAAGCCUCGUGUCAUCCGGGCUGGGUGGAAAGAAAAGCCGAUUCUGCUGUUCACAGACGGAGCACUGGAGGAUGAUAACCUUGAUCACGGACCGGCUACUGUGGGGGCGGUCAUGUUUAAACCGAAUGAGCCCAACGCUUACGCUUUCGGAUGCGAGGUGCCGGCAAACGUACUGUCUCAUUGGAGAUCCGAUGGCAAGAAACAUGUCAUAGGUCUUGUGGAGCUUUACGGCGCCAUUCUGGCUCUUCGGCAUUGGCGCAAACACUUGGACGGCAGCCGAGUGAUAUUGUUUGUCGACAAUUGGCCAGCACUUGAUACUCUUGUCAAAGGAGAUGCAUCCGUCGCGAUUUGGCGGGAAAUUCUUAUGAUCCUUGAAAACCCGCAGGAAGCUUCACCGUGCUAUUUAUGGAUAGCACGUGUGCCAUCCGCGUCCAACAUUGCAGACGCCCCGAGCCGUGGAUCGCUUUCCGAGCUUAGCCACUGGUCUGUACGCGUGGAGGUGCCCAGGUGUCCGCUGUCGAAAGAAGCCUGCGCCUUCCUGCAAGCCAUUCGCUCCUCCGGAGCCUCAGCCCUCCUCUUCCUGCCUGCAGAUCAUUUCCUCUUCCAGGACAUCAUGCAAGCCUGGCUCAAAUGGGCAUCCCAGCGUGACCUGCCCAAACGAGUCUUUGCGCAUCUCUCGCAAAGCAAGCCGGAUCAUCCCAUCCCUGAAGAUGACCAGCUCGAGCUCAUUCGAAUAGCCUGUGAGGUCAUGGAGUGGGACUACGACUCCAUGACGCAAGCGGCCGAAGGACAGCCAUUUCGCCUUAACCUCUUGCAAGCCUUUGCAGACCUCCUCGACGACCCAGACAAAGAUCUCCCAGCCAUGCUACGCCUCGGAGUGCACACAGGACUAGAGGUCUGCGAGGGGAACUGGAAGCCGGCGGAGGCAGACCCGGACACAGUCCGAAGCCUUUUAGCAGAAGAAGCCCGGAUCAUCGAGGUCGGCAGUCGACCCGUUCACUGCAAAGCCGACCUUCCGCCACAGCCCAAGUCUUUGGGGCCCACUUGGGUUCGCAUCUCUGAUCCCACCUGCCCUGAAAUCAAGCUGACCAACACUGCCCAGGAUAGCCUACGGUGGCUCCUGCCACGGAUUGAGGCCAUUCCGACUACUAGCCUCUCACUUCCGCCCCUGGUCGCAUGCCUAGCCAGAGCUGACGCCAUGGCCGAAGGGGACAGAGUCGGCAUCGGGGGCUGGAUAACCACCAAGCACAGCAUGGCCUGGUUUGCCGAAGCCUGGACCAUGGACGAGAAAUACAUCGCCUGCUUUGAGACGUUGGCCGAGAACGCCACGCCUUCUCGCAUUGACCUACAGGUGUCUCACGUUGCGGGAGCACAUAACCAAUGGGCAGACGACCUCAGCCGAGGUCGGCUACAAGCCUUCAGCCAUAGACCGCAAGAGCGCGUGAGAAUCAGCCUUCACCGCCUUGCCUCGGCGGCCUCUCAGGCCACCUGGUCUGCAUCCCCGGAUACGGCAAGCCCAUUGUUGCCCCGACCGGACUGA